AUCGGUCGCUAUGGAGAGCAGCUCCCCAAGAGCGCGAGCCAGUAGCCACAGAGAGCGCGGACGAGCGAGGAGGAGGACCAGAACGUGCCAAAGCGCACAGACAGAGAGGAACCAUGGAGAAAAGAUCACCGAUCAAGAGGACUUGGCCAUCUAACGGACUGCGACUUUUAACGUCACUGCUCACCUUUUACGGACUCACCUCAGGUGUGAGCAGCAACCAGGUGCUUGUUCCUGAGAAAGUGAAUGCCGUGCUGGGGAAGAACAUCACGCUGGGCUGCAGAAUAGAGGUGGGCUCCAACCUCACACAGAGCUCCUGGGAGCGGCGUCUACCUUCAGGCACCAUUACCUUGGCGGUGUUCAACCCCGAGUUGGGAACCUACAUCCCCCCAGACUUCACCAAGCGCAUCUCGUUUGUCUCCCCCUCUGUACGGGACGCGACCAUCACCAUCGAAGGGGCCGGCUUUGCAGAUGUCGGGUCCUACACCUGCAAAGUGGUAACAUUUCCUCUGGGCAACACACAAGCAUCAACCUAUGUUAAUGUAUUAGUGGAGCCAAAGGUCUAUGUGUCCGCCGGCCCCACGGCUCUGCUGGAUGGUGGCAACGAGUCGCUGGUGGCUACCUGCAUAGCGGAGCGGGGCCGUCCCACUGCUGAGGUCUUCUGGGAGACGGAGCUGUACGGACGGAGUGAGAAGCAAAGUCGGGACGAGCCCAACGGCACCACCACUGUACAAGUGCACUACAUGUGGCAACCGCAGAGCUACGCCCAGGGGAAGGUGCUCACCUGUGUGGUGCGCCACCCGGCCCUGCAAACAGAGUUCCGCAUACCAUACAUACUUAAUGUUCAGUUUGAACCAGUGGUAUCGAUUGUGGGAAUUGACAAAAAUUGGUAUGUGGGUCAAGAGAAUGUAAAGUUCAUCUGUGGAGCCAAAGCCAACCCACCUGCCCAUCACUUCACAUGGACCAGGUUGGAUGGAUUGAUGCCCGAGGGUGUUGAGAAAUCAAACAAUAGCUUUGCUUUCACUCGCCCGUUGGAGCGCAACGACUCCGGAGUGUACCGCUGUGAAGUGAUGAACGACAUUGGUCUCCGCAGCCAAGACGUGAACCUCUGGGUACAAGAUCCUCCCCCCACCUCGGCCGCCCCCAGCACCACUGCGGCCCUCCUCCUACACGACACCGCUGGAACGGGCACCGCCGUGGACGAGCGGAGAGCCCUGUUCACCUCCCCGACCCUGGCCUCCUUGCACGACAGCAGCCUGGGCACCAUAGUCGGCGGCGUUGUCGGCGGAGUUUUAUUCCUGAUUCUCUUGCUGAUCCUCGGCGGGGUCUGCUUCAUGCGACAGCGCAGGACCUUCAGGGGGGACUACUACACCAAACAGUACCUGGGACCCUCUGACAUGCAGAAGGAGUCCCAGCUGGACGUGCUGCAGCCGCAUGAGCUGCAGGAGGUCUACGGGGACAAGACGAGCAAAGGCAGCCAGGAGCUGAAACCCAAACUGGGCGGAGACAUCAUUUACCCCGACUACACCCCCGACCACAAGGAUAGGGAUGACUGGGCCGACAAGGGGGAUGCCCACAGGGGCCUCAAGGAGGGAAACUACUACCCAGAUCAAUACAACACCCAAAACAUGCACCCCUGCGGGCCUCCCGUGCACAGCCCCACAGUGAACAACGGCUCCCCCUACCUCCCGGAGGACUGCUAUGACAAUGGUACAGACGGCGACUAUGUGUCCCACGUGGACGGAUCUGUGAUCUCACGCAGGGAGUGGUAUGUUUGAGGAGCCGAGGGGGGAAAAAAACAGACAAGACGAACCGACCGACUGACUGAGAAUGAUUUAAAAAGUGACAGAU